AUUAGUGAGACGCGCGGGGCUGCAAAGCGCUCAGUAGCUUUCUGAAAGGGUCUCUGCCUCAGUGCGCAAAGUCGGGACGGGGAAUCCGCACGCACCGCGCCGAGCUGCACUCACUGUCCAGCGCGCGCCACCUUUGCGGGAAAAUUGUCAAGGGUUUCUGAUCAUUUCCCGGCGCUACACGUCACGGGUUGGGUGACAGCACUGGCGUUGUGCUGACGCGAAGGCGCGUUCAUUUGAGCGGAUCCUCUGACAGCGCAGCACCGAGGGGACAUGGGGCAGCUUUGCGCUGCGGCACUUUUACCAUUUGGCGCUGUCUGUGUGGUUCUACUGUGGGAAUCCGCUGCCAGCUCCAUCAGGACGACGCUCGCAGUGGACACCUCGAAAACGGAGUGUCCCGACAGUAAAAUCCUGACGGUGGAGUACCCGUGUGUCCGAGCCGGAGGGAAGAACAGCACAUGUUUCAGGAGGAGAUGCUGUGAGGGAUUCAGGUUCGUGAUGGGCCAGUGCGUACCUGAAGGCGUGGACGUGUGCGCCGCGUCGCCCUGCGAGCAGCAGUGCACCGAUAACUUCGGACGCGUCGUCUGCACCUGUUACCGCGGUUACCGCUUUGACCGGGAGAGACACCGCAGCCACAAGUCGCCUUACUGCCUCGACAUUGAUGAAUGUGAGCAACCAGGCGGCAGCGUGUGUGACCACGAGUGCGUGAACACAGCGGGAAGCUUCCUGUGCCGCUGUCACGCCGGCUACACGCUCGCUCCGGACCAGCAUUCCUGCUUCCCGGAACACAACUUGAGUUCAUCAGUAAAGUCCGACACCAUGAUGAGUGCCGGUACCUGCUCCUUCACCUGCCAGGACUUCAUGAACAUGAAAAACAGUCUGCUGCAGCUGAAACUGAAGCUGGGAAACACACAGUCUCAGAACCAGGUUCCUGGCCUGGCCAACAGCAGCAAUAAGCCUUCACUAGGGAGGGUGGGAAAAAGUCCUGAUAGCCCUUGUCUACCUGGUCCUCCAGGAGCUCCUGGGGUUCCAGGUCACCCAGGUGAACCAGGAAAAAGGGGGGACCCAGGCGACGCUGGGCGGCCUGGUCCUCCUGGUCCACGGGGAGACAUAGGGCCCAUGGGUCCAGAGCCUGACCUGAAACAUAUUAAAAGAGGCCGCAGAGGACCAGUGGGUCCACCUGGAGCAGCUGGAAGAGACGGAUUAAAGGGAGACAGAGGAGCUCCAGGUCCCAGCGGCCCACCUGGACCUCCCGGAUCCUUUGACUUCCUUCUGCUCAUGAUGGCCGACAUCCGGAACGACAUCAUCGAGCUGCAGGAGAAGGUGUUCGGCGAGCGGCGGGGCAUCACCCUGGACGGCCCCACUCAUUCCAGCGGGGAGGUGGACUUCGUAGAGUGGGGCUCGGGACAAGGAGACGUCCCGCUGAACACUUGACCCUUCACGCGCGGCAAAACGAACCCGACUCCUCCUCAGUGAUGACCGUGCUGGUUGUACAGCACGAGUAUCAUCAUGUAAAUACGGCCUAAACCUCGCAACUGGGACACGCAGGAAAAGGAGCCUGGCUGAACUGUCUGCGGAGACGCUCUGUGGUACAAAGACUGAGGCCUGAGCUCCUCCUGCACCGCUCUGCAGUACCCGGCCCUGAUCUGAGCGCUGCUCAUGAGCUUCAUGGGUGACUGGACCGUUCCAGUAUAGUACUGGCAAAUAAAAACAGACCAAAGUACGAUGUAAAAUCUAGGCUGCUGCAAUUUGUUCAACGUAAUAUAAUCUAUGAAAGACGUACAAAGUUACUGGAAUCUACAGGUAUAAGGAAUAUAUGUAACGCAUAUAAUGUUCAUCGACAGAAACUUUACUCCAAUGAUAAAAUUGGGAAGAUACGAGGAAACAAGGAAUGUUUUUGUCUGAUAAGCAGUUUUCUUCACAGACACGUGUGGCACAUAAGUUCAGCAACGCCUGGGAGAAACCACGUCUGCCUGAGCCUUUUUAUCGGACUGUGAAGCAGAUGCCAGGAAUAAAGGGAAACGCUCUGAACCCAAA